UAGUUUCUUACAGGAACCAUCUAUUCUGUUGUCGGCCAGGGCGUGAGAGCAGUUCAGUCACCAUGGCUAACCUCGAAUGGACAUGGUAAACUCCUGUAAGAGGAUGCACGGCCAGCGCCAGCUCUAGCCCCUUUCUGAUUUCCACGAGAGUAUAAGCCAAGCAUACGUGUUUUGCUUCUUGUCCCUCCUCUCUCUGUCUCCAGCCUACAUGCUGAGCUGUGGAUUUCCCCAGAGACCGGCCUACGGGGACGUGACGGUCAGCAGCCUUCACCCUGGAGGAGAGGCCUAUUUCUACUGCUACACGGGCUACCAGCUCCAGGGCCAGUCCACACUCACCUGCCUCAAUGCUACCACCCCCCUCUGGAGUGGCAAGGAACCGCAGUGUCUGGCUGCCUGCGGAGGAGUCAUCAGGAACGCCACGGUGGGCCGGAUCGUAUCUCCUGGCUUCCCCGGGAACUACAGCAACAAUCUGACCUGCCACUGGGUGAUUGAGGCUCCGGGCGGAGAGAGACUGCACAUCCACUUUGAGAAGGUCGCCCUGGCAGAGGAUGAUGACAGACUCUUAAUCAAAAACGGGGACAACAUCGACUCUCCUCCGGUUUACGACUCCUACGAAGUGGAAUACCUGCCUAUCGAGGGGCUGGUGAGCGGGGAGAGACACUUCUUCAUAGAGCUCACUACCGACGGCUCCGUAGCCUCCACCGGCGUGGCUCUGAGAUACGAAGCCUUCGCCCCUGGGCACUGCUAUGAGCCCUUUGUGAAGUACGGGAACUACACCACGAGCGACGUUGCCUAUUCCGUGGGCACGGUGGUGGAGUUCAGCUGCGAGCCGGGCUACACGCUGGAGCAGGGCUCUGUGAUCAUCGAGUGCGUGGACAUCAGCGGCCCGCAGUGGAAUGAGACGGAGCCCGCGUGCAGAGCUGUCUGCAGCGGGGAGAUCACCGACUCAGCUGGAGUGGUUCUCUCUCCCAAUUGGCCGGAAGCCUACGAUAAGGGUCAGGACUGUAUCUGGGGAAUUCACGUCGAGGAAGACAAGAGAAUCAUGUUGGACAUCCGUGUGUGAGUAGAGAUCCAAGCAGCCAUAACAGACU